AUGAAAAGCGUCGUGAAAUGGCUAGUGGACGUUAGCUUCCGUCCUCCACGCCAUACAUACGAUAACAAUAGAACAGUUUCAGUAGUCACGACAAAUAAAAAUGUUUAUAUUCGGAAAUCUUGCGAAUUUCAGAAUUUUCGCGGGAAUAAAUUGUUUGGCUCCUUAUGGAUUGACAGAGCUUCACCAAUGCCAAGUAAUUGUUUAUUAUAUUUACACAGUUUGGGCACAAAUCAAUUUGAGGCCCUAAAUUUAGUACCUUUUAUGGUAUCUCAAGAUUUAGCAUUAUUUGCUUUCGACUUUCCAGGGUGUGGAAUAUCGGAAGGCGAGUAUAUUCCGCUUGAUGGAAGUGGAAUUCAAGAUGUUUUAGCAGCUUACGAUUAUCUCGGUGAACAGUAUCACUUCACAAAGUUUGCAGUUUGGGGACGAUCGAUGGGUGCUGCUAUUGCGCUACACUCAGUAUCUGCUUCAAACAAGUUUGCAUGUUGCGUUUCUGAUUCUACUUUUCAAAACACAGAAGCUGUCGUAUUUGAUCAAGCAGACCAAAACGGUAUUCCGAGAUUUGCAAUCUCGUUAUUCGAACCAUUUGUUAAAUAUCAAGCAAGAAAAAUGUUACAUACAAAUAUCAUUUCUCCAUAUCCUUUAAGUGAAGUACCAUACUCAUCUACACCUCUAUUGAUGGGACAUGGCAAACAAGACACGUUUGUUAGCCCAUCACAAGCUCAACACUUAUUUGAUUCUUAUGGCUUUGCCGACAAACAGCUAUAUUUGUUCGAUGCACGACACAAUAGUGUCAGACCAUAUCAGUGGUAUGAAACUGCAUCAAGAUUUAUAUAUAGAAAACUUGGAAUUAAACCAGUGAAAAGGUAUUAUGAUUCAAUAUUCACCAGCUCAGAGUUACACUCUGGAAUACAAGAUGUUAUUUUAGAGGAUAUUGAUCGAAGUAUCCAAGAAAGCCUUGAUAAAGAACUCGCAAAAAAGGUAGAAAAUCCAGCUUUGGCACAGGAUAUUCCUCAAGCACCACCUCCUGGACAUCCAACUGAACAGUUAUCUGAGGAACUGCCACCAAGUAUAGAAACUAUUCCUGUCGUAGGAAAGAGUGAAGAAAAUUAA